ACGACUAAAUAAGCCUGUCGAUUGUGUUAUUUUUGACUGGUGUCGAAACCCCACGCGUUUAUGCUUAAUGCAUUGCUUGCUGUCGUUUCACCAUCUGCCGUAAACCAAACGCGCACUGCAGUAUUCCAGUUUGUGUUGUUUGAAUUGAACAACUAUGAGGAUGUGGAUAUUGUUUAUCAAGAUUUUUACCUUUACUGUAUAUUUUGCAGGGCAGUAUUCAGCAUAUGCUCUUCAAGAUGUAACAACUGACUUGUUUCGGGUCUGAAAAUCAUGGCACUGUGGCUGCUUUUGGUGAUUUCAACUCGGAUAAACAGACAGAUAUUUUCAUCAUCAGAGAACAAUCUGAGUUGGUGAUAUUCUUGGCUGAUCUCAAAAGCCCCAUACUUCAAGCCAAAAGUACAUAUCCCUAAAUAUGCUUUGCCCACCAAUUUUAUCAUAACUGGUGUUGUUCCCGGAGACUACGAUGGAGAUUCUCAGAUGGAUGUGCUUCUUACAGCUCAGCUCAAGACCGAGGCCAACUCGAAUACAAUGGUUUUUGUAUUCUGGGGAAACAACCAAACCCUGGAUGGGCAAGUUGACCUUAAUAAGACAUUUGUGGACCAACCUCUGAUAAUGGACUUCAAUGGGGACAUGAUUCCAGACAUCUUUGGGGUUAUUGCCGGGGUUUCUGCUGAUUCCUCCACUGAAGUCUGCUAUCUUACUGGAAGGAACACAGUGUGGCAGCCAGCUCUUAGUUCACCUGUCAAGAUGCGUAUUCCUCAUUCCAAUGCUUUCAUCGACCUAAACAAGGAUUUCACCGCCGGUGAGUAGGCAAAAUAUCCUAAAUG